AUGGAUAAAACGAAGAAAGUGCGAACGGCUCACCGUAGCGCCUUCACCAGAGCGCUGAACGCACUGAAUGCGUUAAGAGGUGAAGGAUCGGAAGCCACGCAUCAAGAAAUUAUAGUGGCCUUUCAAUUACUCGAAGCAAAGAUGCGAGAUUUGGAAGCAAGCUCACAGGCCUUUAUGCAUCUGAUGUUUGAUUCGGAUAGCGCGACGGAUGCAGAUAUUCAAAAGGAAUAUGACGACGCAGACCAGUAUAAAAAACAGUUCCUCGCAACAAGGUUACAGAUAGCUGAUUACACCGAUCCGAAGGAAAAUCAGGAACCAUCGGGGAGUACCAACGGCGUACCUGGAGAUAACAAGAAGUCGUUCAAGUUACCGAAAAUCGAGCUGGCUCAAUUCGGUGGAGACGUACAGGGAUGGCUACAGUUCUGGAAUCUAGUGAAAAGUUAUCCGCCUACGGCCGAGAAUUAUAGCAAGGUAAUCAGCAGCCUGAAGAAUCGUUUUGGACGUGAUGAUCUACAGAUCGAAGUAUAUGUGCGCGAGCUUUUGCAACUCGUUUUACAAAAUGCGUUGAAAUCCAAGGCUUUUUCCCUCACGAGUUUGUACGAUAAAAUUGAGUUACAUCUAAGAGCGCUCGAAUCUCUGGGCAUUACAACGGAUAAGUGUGCGGCGAUGCUGUUUCCGCUAGUAGAGUCAUCGCUGCCGGAAGACGUUUUACGCGCGUGGCAGAGAAGUUCUGUAAACAAUGCCGCGUUGCAGAGUGGAGAUAGUGCGACGUCUCAGUGCAAGGAUCGACUGACGCAACUUAUCAAGUUCUUGGAAGGAGAAGUGCAAAACGAACUACGGAUUUCGAUGGCGGUCAAAGGCUUUGAUUUAACAACGGGUAAUGCGGAUAGUGGGAAAAAGCGAAGAUCGAAGACACACACGAAGGAGGAGGAUGUCCCGACCGCAAUGGGAUUGCUGACGACGAAGGAAAAGGAUAGUGCGUGUAUAUUUUGCAAUUCCAAUCACGAAAGUGCGCGUUGUGAAAAUGCCAGGAAAAUGAGCCUCUCUGAAAGACGAGAUCACGCGAAGAAACAGAACGUUUGUUUUAAUUGUUUAAAGGCAGGACAUAAUUUUAAACAGUGCCGAAGUAAAGUGAGCUGUAGCUGGUGUUCGAUGCGGCAUGUGCUUUUGAUGUGUCCUAAAAUAGAGAAAAAGGACAAGGACAGUAAGGUUGAUUCUAAAUCGCAAGAUUCUGAGAAAGCGAAUACAAUUGUCGAUACCGGAUCUCAGAAAUCUUACGUCACCAAGGAAGCGGCCGAGCACCUGGACUACGAGCCAAUUGCCGAGCAGACGAUGACACACUCCCUCUUCGGUGGACAAAAAACGGACGCGGUGCAACACAAAAAAUAUCGGAUUCGCUUGAGCAGUCUGGACAAUAAAUAUUGCUGUAAUUUCAUCGCGUUGGACCAGGCUGUUAUUUGUGAAAGAGUACCGCUAAUAAAAAUCGGAGAGUGGGAUCGCGAGCUGGAAAAACUCGACAUUGAUGUGAGUGAUCGGCAUAGUAAGAGAGAGUCGAUUUCAGUGCUCAUCGGUGCCGACGUGGCCGGCAAAUUGUAUACGGGCCGUGUUUACGUACUGAAAGGCGGCUUAGUUGCCAUCGAAACGUGUCUUGGUUGGACAGUUAUGGGGAAGGUUCCCGAAUCCAAAACAAGUGAGAGUGCCGCGACGACUGCUAUAUCGCUGUUUAUAAACAAGGUAGAGAUCGCGGACAUGUGGUCGUUGGACGUUCUGGGAAUACGCGAUCCGAUCGAGACGAAAACACAAAAGGAAAAAGAUGACGAGAUGCAAGAAGCUUUUCUGAAAACCGUGCGAGUUAACGAAGAGGGGCGGUACGAGAUACAGUUGCCGUGGUUGCCGAGUCACCCUGCUUUGCCACGUAAUAAGGAGACGGCUAUGCGUCGGUUGCAGUCUACGGAACGAAAAUUGAAGGCCGACAAUCUGUAUGCUGAGUACGAUGCUGUUUUCAACGAAUGGCUGGCGGAGGGAAUCAUCGAGCGUGUCCCGGUGCAAGAAGAAGAUGAUGGGGGCUAUUAUCUACCUCACCGACACGUGGUCAAGGAGGGCAGCACGACGAGAAUUCGACCGGUGUUCGACGCAUCAGCCAAGGAACGGACGUCGCCAUCGCUCAACGAGUGCCUUCAUAAGGGUCCAAAUUUGAUAGAAUUGAUCGCGUCCAUUCUUCUGCGCUUUAGGGAAAAUAAAAUCGGAGUAAUAGCUGAUAUUAAAAGGGCUUUUUUGCAAAUCAGUAUCGAUAAAAGAGAUCGAGAUUUCUUGCGUUUCUUAUGGUACGAUGCAGGAGGAAAUAUAAUUGUUUUUAGACAUUGCAGAGUCGUUUUCGGAGUUACCUCGAGUCCCUUUAUUCUGAGCGCGAUUCGGAACUUUCAUUUGAAUAAUUAUGCGAAGUCUGAUAACGAUGUUUCGAUAAAUAGUAAAAGAUUGUUAGAAAGUUUUUACGUUGACAAUGCAGUAACUAGUGUGAAUACGCGAGAAGAUUUGAAUAACUUCAUCCUAGACGCAAAAAGACUGAUGAACAUGGCUGGUUUUGACCUUCGAGGGUGGGAGUAUAGCGAUGAUAAUUCCCAAGACAACCAGACAGUAGUAUUAGGCGUUACCUGGGAUAAAAGGGCUGACACGUUAGCAAUAAAAAUACCAGAUUUUCCAGAGUUACACGAUUCGAAAAUGACGAAAAGAAAGAUUCUUUCGUCGGCGCACCGUAUUUUUGACCCAUUAGGUUUUGUAUGUCCUGUUAUGCUGUGCCCACGAAUUCUGUUACAGGAAACCUGGAGUGAAAAUUUAAAGUGGGAUGAUGAAGUUCCAGACAAGUUAAAGAAUAGAUUUUCGAAGUGGUUGGAAGAUUUGAAGGAGCUUAACAAGAUUAGAAUUACACGAUGUAUUUUAGGACAAAUAUCUGAGUCGGAUAACGUAAGUUUGCACAUAUUCUGUGAUGCUAGUAAAGACGCGUAUGCCACAGUUAUUUACAUUCGCGUUGAAAAUUUUGAGGGUGUAAAGGUUCACUUUGUACAAGCGAAAACGCGAGUUGCGCCUGCUAGAAAAGGUAAUACGGAUGCGCGAACCAGUAUACCGCGUUUGGAGUUGUUAGCAGCGACAAUAGGCGCGAGAUUAGCGAGAAAUGUAUUAGAUGCGCUUCAUUUUAAAACGCUUAAACUCUUUUAUUGGACCGACUCCUCGACUGUGUUAGCAUGGAUCCAAAGAGAAUGUAAUUGGGCAACGUUUGUGUAUAACCGAAUAAAAGAGAUACGUAUGCUAUCGGAUCCCGCGUGUUGGUAUCAUGUACAGGGUCGUUUGAAUCCCGCAGACUUACCAUCAAGAGGAUGUACGGCGAAACAAAUUAUGUCUGCGAGAUGGUGGGAGGGACCCGUGUGGCUAUAUGAGACGGCAGAUAAAUGGCCAAUGUGUAGAGAAUUGUCGUGCGAUGAAGACGAAAUCAGUAAAGAGUUAAAAAGAACCGCGAUAAACAAAAAAUCUGUUUGUACUCUCGUAGCGUUAGAAGGAAAGGGUGCGGAAGAGAACGAAUUUCUCAGUAGAUUUUCUAACUUUGCAAAAAUGAUAAGAGUGUUUGC